UCGCUGCGCCUUUAACGGCGGCGGCUGCGCCGCGGCGGGUGGGCUGCGCGGGGGGACGGAGCGGCACGGCGGCGCCUCCCGGCCGCGUCUCUCGGCGCCGCAGGCGGGUGGGCGGUGCGGGACCUCCGCCGGGAGCAGAUGGAGUGGCGGGGCGCGGGGUGCCAGAGCGCCGGGAGGGCCCCGCGGGCGAGCAGCUGACGCGGCCGGCGACGGCUUGGCCGGGAGCGGUCAGCCCCGAGAUGGCGAAAGCUCCGCGCCCAGCUGGUCUGCGCCGAUUCAGUGGUGCUCAGUGGCACAUGCAGAAUGUCCUCAAAGACUCUGUGGAGAGCUCCGAUGACGAAUUCUUUGAUGCGCGAGAAGAGGUGGUGGAAGGAAAAAGUGCCAUUCUUAUAGGCAUGAGCCAAUGGAACUCAAAUGACCUUGUUGAGCAGAUAGAAACAAUUGGGAAGAUGGAAGAAAAUCAAGGUGAAUUAUAUAGAGCCUCUUUAAGAAAACAAAGGUUACCUGCACAAGGCAGUAUUGAAAUACAUGAGGACAAUGAGGAAGGAGUUAAACACGAGAAAUGCAAAACUCAUGUGCUAAUUCUGAUCCUACAUGGGGGGAACAUCUUAGACACUGGAGGAGAGGACCAAAGCAGCAAGCUGGCAGACAUCAACACCUUCAGUUCUGUGUUUGAAAAAGUCACCCAAGCCCAUUUCCCUUCUGCUUUGGGACACAUCUUAAUCAGACUUGUUCCCUGCCCUGCAAUCUGUUCGGCAGCCUUCUCUCUUGUUUCCAACCUAAAUCCCUACAGCUAUGAUGAAAACUGUCUCAGCAGCAGUGAAGACCACAUCCCACUGGCUGCCUUGCCCUUGCUGGCUGUUUCGUCCCCUCAGUACCAGGAUGCAGUUGCCAUGGUGAUCACUAGAGCAAACCAAGUUUACAAUGAAUUUCUCAAAUCUACAGAUGGGGUUGGUUUUAAUGGACAGGUGUGUCUUGUUGGUGACUGCAUUGGAGGAAUUUUGGGUUUUGAUGCCAUCUGCUAUAAUGCUAAUAGAGCUGAUGAGAGUCGGAACAGUAGCAGGAGAGGAAGCAUCAGCAGCAUCCAGGAUAAUCCCCUUUUAACAGAGGACUCCAGUCUAGGUGGCAGCAAACGCCUGAGCAAAAGCAAUAUUGACAUCUCGGAAAUCAUGGAGGAUGAGGACCCAAGGCAGCCGUUGCCUAGGAAACAGAGUGACUCAUCCACCUAUGGCUGUGAUACUAUAACCCAACAUCAUGCUUUCCUGUCUAGCAUCCACUCAAGUGUGCUGAAAGAUGAUGCAGACUUUCUUCCUGUGAAUUCCAGUCUCUCAGAAGUAAACCUGGGCCGAUUUGAAUUUGAGGUGUCAGAUUUCUUCAUCUUUGGAUCGCCACUUGGUUUGGUGCUGGCCAUGAGGAGUACUGUUCUGCCAGGCCUGGAUGUAUGCCAAGUCCGCCCAGCCUGCAGCCAAGUUUACAGUUUCUUUCACUCUGCUGAUCCCUCUGCCUGCAGACUUGAACCAUUGUUGGAGAAAAGAUUUCAUCUCCUGCCUCCAUUCAGUGUCCCACGGUACCAGAGAUACCCACUGGGGGAUGGAAGAUCUCACCAGUUAGGUGAUGCCAUCCAAAACCACAGUGCUCUGUUCCUUGAGAGCAGCUCUUUGAAUAUAACUCUUGCUCAGGAGAGUCUUGAAUCUCCAAACGCAUCUAAUCAACCACAAGGAAAAGAGAGAAAGUUGAGCUUGGCCAGCACAAACAGCGAAAACUCAGGGUCAACAGAGAGUUUGCCAUCAGCAUACUUCACCAACAUUACUGCAAAGUGGUGGGGAACAAAACGAAUUGAUUAUGCCUUGUAUUGUCCAGAUGUACUGACAGCAUUUCCAACUGUGGCCCUGCCACAUCUCUUCCAUGCCAGUUACUGGGAAUCAACAGACGUUGUGGCAUUCAUUUUGAGACAGGUGAUGAGGUAUGAAAAUGUAAAUUUCAAGGAGAACAACAGCCUGGAUCCAGCAACACUAAGCCCAUCUAAUCCACGAGAAAAAUGGCUACGUAAAAGGACACAUGUCAAAUUGAGAAAUGUGACUGCUAAUCAUCGAGCUAAUGACAUCAUUGCUGUAGAAGAUGGUCCUCAGGUACUAGUUGGGCGCUUUAUGUAUGGGCCUCUGGACAUGGUAGCUUUAACAGGUGAAAAGGUUGAUAUCUUCAUAAUGACUGAGCCAUCUUCGGGUAGAUGGGUGUACUUUGACACAGAGAUAUCCAACAGCAGUGGCCGGAUAUCCUACAGCAUACCCAAACAAAAGAGAUUGAGAGUUGGUGUGUAUCCCAUCAAAAUGGUGGUCAGAGGGGACCAGAGCAGUGCCACAAGCUAUCUGACUGUGCUUCCCCGAGGAAUGGAAUGUGUUGUGUUCAGCAUUGAUGGUUCAUUUGCAGCAAGUGUUUCAAUUAUGGGAAGUGAUCCCAAAGUCCGAGCUGGGGCUGUUGAUGUUGUCAGACAUUGGCAGGACCUGGGAUAUCUGAUUAUCUAUAUUACUGGCCGUCCAGAUAUGCAAAAGCAGCGUGUGGUUUCAUGGUUGUCUCAACACAACUUCCCACAAGGAAUGAUCUUCUUCUCUGAUGGACUUGUUCAUGACCCACUGCGACAAAAGACUAUUUUUCUACGGAAUCUCAUGCAAGAGUGCCACAUCAAAAUCUGUGCUGCAUAUGGUUCCAUGAAGGAUAUUUCUGUUUACAAUGUCUUGGCUCUGUCGCCAUCCCAGAUCUACAUAGUUGGACGAUCAACAAAGAAAUACCAGGCACAGUGUCAAUUCCUCAGUGAGGGUUAUGCAGCCCACUUGGCCUCACUGGAGUUCAGUCUUCAUUCACGACCCAAAAAGAACAACUCUCGGAUGAUCUUGAGAAAAGGCAGCUUUGGCCUUCACUCCCAACCUGAGUUUUUGCGCAAGAGAAACCACCUCCGCAGGACUAUGUCUGUGCAGCAACCUGACCCACCUUCUUCAAACCCCAAACCAGAGCGUGCCCAGAGCCAGCCCGAAUCAGACAAAGAUCAUGACAGACAUUUGCCCUCCAUUGCUUGGGUUAGAGGUGGAGUUCACAAGUUUGAAUCUGUCCCCUAGGAAGCCUGGGGAUGUAGAUCUUGGAUGCCACCCCCUUAAACUUGUAAUCAUGCCUCAAAGAUAAUAUUUAGGCAGCUUCAAACUAGAAAAUGUAGAGGGGAACCUGUACCUUGGAGUUGUUCCUGCUCUAGAAAAUGCCUUCUUAUUACCAACCAGGGAACUUCCAGUUCGUUCCUCUUGACAUGUUUAUUGGGAAAUUUUAAAACAAUCUAAAACUAUCGCAAGUGCUUAAAACAUCAAAGCAACAGGAAAAAAAAUCUUUGGUUAUUUUGUACAAUAGAUACAAUAAAAUGUGCAAUAAGAGAAAAAGCUGCAACAAGCUGUUUUUUAUUCAAAAGAAGGAUUGUGGUAGCAGCUAACUAGCUGCACCCAAAGCAGUAUAAACAGUAGGUCCCAUAGGUUACAGGGAAAGUUUGCACUUUAAACAUUAGUUUUAUCUGCUGCCACUUCACUUUUGAUAAAGAGAUACAUUUGCAAGGGAAGAGGAGGAGGGAAUACAGUAAUGGGUAAUCAGAAUUUGUACAGCAAGGUGCUUGUUGGGUGCCUUUAACCCAGGCUAUCCUUUCAGCUUACAUUGUUGAUCAACGGACUCAGAUAUAGGCACUCGUGUUGUCUGAAGUGCUGUACAUCAAGUAAUUUGGAGAACUCCACCUAUGAACCAAAUCAUAAAUGCUUCGUGUUAGAAAUAAAUGUCUCUGCCACGGUU